ACAAAACCAUGCCACAAGCUAUUCUUACCUUACCUAGUAAGUCACACUCUCACUCAAAAAGUUCUCAUUAUUUUGUCACAACACCAAAUGUUGUCUUUUCUCCUUCACCAAAAAAUUAAACCAGAGAUAAAUCUAUCUCUGCCAUGCUCAUCUCAACCAAUAACCGUUUGUUUUUCCUUCCUUUGUUGUUCUUCUUGUUCUUGUUAGCGUCAGGGUCCCCUGUUCCUGGAAGGAGCUUCAAGAGACCAGAUCCUCUGCGACAUUUCAAAAACUACAAUGGAGAUUUCGAUGUUCGGAACAAGCAUUACCUAGCUUCUGCGGCAUUUACAGGAGUCCAUGGAUACGCAUUUGCGGCGGUUUGGUUGUUAUGUGGGUUGUGUUUGGGCAUUUUCACCAUGGUGAAGUGUCAAAGAGGUGGCUUCACUUCAUCAGCAACACGUUUGGACCAUUACUACAUCCACAUUUUCUUACUCCUUCUCAUCUUCACCUUGCUUGCCAUAGUUGCUUCAGGUUUUGUCCUGGCCACGAGUCAGAGGACCCUGCAAAGGACUGAAAAACUGAAAGAAACUGUGGUGGGUAUAGGAGAUGAUGCACUUGGAACCAUAGGAAGAAUUAUGAAAACAACGAAACAAAUGCAGUACCUUCUGCUUCCAUAUAAUCCACAGAUAUCUGCAACUUUGGAUUCCACCACUGAAGAUCUAAGAAGCAACUCCCGCGUGAUACGUCGUUUUAUUGACAGAAGUGGAAAAUCAUUCGACAAGGCCACUCAUACUUCGUACGUAGCACAUUUAGUUGUUCUAACUAUCAACUUAGUGACAUUGAUUGCAGCACUGAUUCUGAUGCUGCUGCAUUGGCGUCCUGGAUUUAUAAUCAUAAUUUUAUUCUUUUGGAUCCUAACAAGCCUGUGCUGGUUUUUGACUGGUUUUGAUUUUUUCCUUCACACUUUUGCAGAUGAUGCAUGUUCUGCUUUUGAGGACUUUGAAAAAAAUCCACAAAACAGUAGCUUAGGUUCGAUGCUGCCUUGCAUUAAUGACACUUUCUCAGGGAAACUGAUAGCUCAAAUUGGCAAUACAAUCCACAGUUUCAUAGUUGAGCUGAACUCUAACAUGUCAAUGAUUUAUCGGCUCCUAGGAGUGGGUGAAGAAAAUGAAGAAUUAAUGGGAAUCAUGAAGGUUUGUGACCCUUUCUCCGCGGCACCGAAUUUCAGCUACAUUCCACAUAGUUGCUCUCAGGAUGCAAUUCGGAUUGGCGAUGUACCAAAAAUUCUUGCAAGGUUCACUUGUCACCAAGAGGACACAACAAAAGAAUGCAGAAGAAUGGGGAGAUUUCUGCCAGAGUCCUCAUACAACAUGGCUCACGCUUAUAGUAGAUCAAUCCAGGAUCUGCUUGAUAUAUAUCCAGACUUGCAAAGACUAUCAAAAUGCAACAUUGUGAAGAACAAGGUUCAUGAAAUUGUGUUGCAUCAAUGCAGGCCAAUGAGAAUUUCAACAAGCAUGUUGUGGGCAUCUAUGAUGUCCCUCUCCAUUAUUAUGGUAUUCUUGGUAUUGACCUGGGUGGCAGAGGCUAUUCGAUGCUGGGAAAAACCAAUCUCUACAUGUUUUCAUACUCCCUGAUAUAUAUAUUUGUUUUAACUACAUACUCCCUGAUGAUAUAGAUAGGGAAUUGUAUUUGAUUUGUAUACAAAUUUAAAAUGUAGAAAAGCAAAGGAAGCUACUGUAAUUAGAGGGAGGGAGGGGGAUUAUACCUGUUUUCCAUUUUUUUCCUCUGAUUGUUUUCCAAUUUCAGUCUGACAAAUAACAGGGAAAAUAACACUCCAAGUAGGUCGUAAGACAAAAUUGGAGGAGAAUGUACAUAAAUAAAUAAAUUGUUUUUUAAGUGUGAAUAUUUCAU